GUCAUUUCCGCCGGGCAGCUAGUCGUGCUGGGGGCUUCACUCCCGCGCGUGAGGCGAGCGGGCAAGUUGGCUGAGGGCGUGCGGCAGAAGCUGCUUCCCUCGGUGACGCGACCCCCUCAGCAGCUCAAGCCAUGAACUGAAGCUCCCUAGGGACGGAGACCCGAGCGGAGCGGCGGAGGCGGCAGCAGCAGCAGCAGCAGCAGCCGCCGCCGCCUUAGCGGGAACUGAGCAGACCCGGCGCGGAGCCACGACUCCUGCACGUUUCCCUCCCCGUCGCCGUUCCUGCCAGCGGUUGGCUAAGAGACAUUACAGCCGCGAGACCCGACACACAAAAGCCGCUUUCAACGCGCCGCCCGCCCAGGGAGGCUGCGGCCAGCAAGGGACCCCACCUGAGAGCGGUUCGGACUGCUGAGUUCGUUUUGUGUCUGAGCUCCGCGCUCUGCACGGAACCGACCCCGUACCCAUGGCUCUGAUAAUGGAGCCGGUGAGCAAAUGGUCUCCGAGUCAAGUAGUGGACUGGAUGAAAGGUCUUGAUGACUGUUUGCAGCAGUAUAUUAAGAAUUUUGAGAGGGAGAAGAUCAGUGGGGACCAGCUGCUGCGCAUUACACAUCAGGAGCUAGAAGAUCUGGGGGUCAGCCGCAUUGGUCAUCAGGAACUGAUCUUGGAAGCAGUUGACCUUCUGUGUGCAUUGAAUUAUGGCUUGGAAACAGAAAAUCUAAAAACCCUUUCUCACAAGUUGAAUGCAUCUGCCAAAAAUCUACAGAAUUUUAUAACAGGAAGGAGAAGGAGUGGCCAUUAUGAUGGGAGGACCAGCCGAAAAUUGCCAAAUGACUUUCUGACCUCAGUUGUGGAUCUGAUUGGAGCAGCCAAGAGUCUGCUUGCCUGGUUGGACAGGUCACCAUUUGCUGCUGUGACAGACUAUUCAGUUACAAGAAAUAAUGUCAUACAACUCUGCCUGGAGUUAACAACAAUUGUGCAACAGGAUUGUACUGUAUAUGAAACAGAGAAUAAAAUUCUUCACGUGUGUAAAACUCUUUCUGGAGUCUGUGACCACAUCAUAUCCCUGUCAUCAGAUCCUCUGGUUUCACAGUCUGCUCACCUGGAAGUGAUUCAACUAGCAAACAUCAAACCAAGCGAAGGGCUGGGUAUGUAUAUUAAAUCUACAUACGAUGGCCUCCAUGUAAUUACUGGAACCACAGAAAAUUCACCUGCAGAUCGGUGCAAGAAAAUCCAUGCUGGCGAUGAAGUGAUUCAAGUUAAUCAUCAGACUGUGGUGGGGUGGCAGUUGAAAAAUUUGGUGAAUGCACUACGAGAGGACCCGAGUGGUGUUAUCUUAACUUUGAAAAAGCGACCUCAGAGCAUGCUUACCUCAGCACCAGCUUUACUGAAAAAUAUGAGAUGGAAGCCCCUUGCUCUGCAGCCUCUUAUACCUAGAAGUCCCACAAGCAGCGUUGCUACGCCUUCCAGCACCAUCAGUACACCCACCAAAAGAGACAGUUCUGCCCUCCAGGAUCUCUACAUUCCCCCUCCUCCUGCAGAACCAUAUAUUCCCAGGGAUGAAAAAGGAAACCUUCCUUGUGAAGACCUCAGAGGACAUAUGGUGGGCAAGCCAGUGCAUAAGGGAUCUGAAUCACCAAAUUCAUUUCUGGAUCAGGAAUAUCGAAAGAGAUUUAAUAUUGUCGAAGAAGAUACUGUCUUAUAUUGCUAUGAAUAUGAAAAAGGAAGAUCAAGUAGUCAAGGAAGACGAGAAAGCACCCCAACUUAUGGCAAGCUACGACCUAUAUCUAUGCCAGUGGAAUAUAAUUGGGUGGGGGACUAUGAAGAUCCAAAUAAGAUGAAGAGAGAUAGUAGAAGAGAAAACUCUCUACUUCGGUAUAUGAGCAAUGAAAAGAUUGCUCAAGAAGAAUACAUGUUUCAGAGAAACAGCAAAAAGGACACAGGGAAGAAGUCAAAAAAGAAGGGUGAUAAGAGUAAUAGCCCAACUCACUAUUCAUUGCUACCUAGUUUACAAAUGGAUGCACUGAGACAAGACAUCAUGGGCACUCCUGUGCCAGAGACCACACUAUACCAUACAUUUCAGCAGUCCUCACUGCAGCACAAAUCAAAGAAGAAAAACAAAGGUCCUAUAGCAGGCAAGAGCAAAAGACGAAUUUCUUGCAAAGAUCUUGGCCGUGGUGACUGUGAAGGCUGGCUUUGGAAAAAGAAAGAUGCAAAGAGUUAUUUUUCACAGAAAUGGAAGAAAUAUUGGUUUGUCCUAAAGGAUGCAUCCCUUUAUUGGUACAUUAAUGAGGAGGAUGAAAAAGCAGAAGGAUUCAUCAGUUUGCCUGAAUUUAAAAUUGAUAGAGCCAGUGAAUGCCGCAAAAAAUAUGCAUUCAAAGCCUGUCAUCCUAAAAUCAAAAGCUUUUAUUUUGCUGCUGAACAUCUUGAUGAUAUGAACAGGUGGCUUAACAGAAUUAAUAUGCUGACAGCAGGAUAUGCAGAAAGAGAGAGGAUUAAGCAGGAACAAGAUUACUGGAGUGAGAGUGACAAGGAAGAAGCAGAUACUCCAUCAACACCAAAACAGGAUAGCCCCCCACCCCCAUAUGAUACAUACCCACGACCUCCCUCGAUGAGUUGCGCCAGUCCUUAUGUGGAAGCAAAACAUAGCCGACUUUCCUCCACGGAGACUUCUCAGUCUCAGUCUUCUCAUGAGGAGUUUCGCCAGGAAGUAACUGGAAGCAGUGCAGUGUCUCCCAUUCGCAAGACAGCCAGUCAGCGCCGCUCCUGGCAGGAUUUAAUUGAGACGCCACUGACAAGUUCAGGCUUACACUAUCUUCAGACUCUGCCCCUGGAGGAUUCUGUCUUCUCUGACUCUGCAGCCAUCUCCCCAGAGCACAGACGGCAGUCUACCCUGCCAACUCAGAAAUGCCACCUGCAGGAUCACUAUGGGCCGUACCCCUUAGCUGAGAGUGAGAGGAUGCAAGUGCUAAAUGGAAAUGGGGGCAAGCCUCGAAGUUUUACUCUGCCUCGAGAUAGCGGGUUCAACCAUUGCUGUCUGAAUGCUCCAGUUAGUGCCUGUGACCCACAGGAUGACGUGCAACCCCCAGAGGUGGAGGAAGAGGAGGAGGAGGAGGAGGAGGAAGGGGAGGCAGCAGGGGAAAACAUAGGAGAAAAAAGCUAAUACACUGCGAGAGUUGGUAGAACCUCUCCAUGCCAAAUCGGAUCCACUUCUGUUGGCACUCAACCCAUUGGACUCACAGAUUGAUAAGCUAAUGUUUAGAGAAUUUAGAUCGGAGAGAGUCGGUACGGCGCAGACUCAACAUCAACCUCUUGCAAGCAACUAAAAUGGCCUCGUCCUUGCUGUUUAUAACAGAAAACAGACUUGUAUAAAGCUUAGAUCAUCAAGUGUUUUGGAUUGGGGGCCUCCCAAAGGGAUAUAAGAGGGGCAGGCCACUCUUAAGAAGAAUGCGAGCUUUCUACAUUGGGACUAGCAUAAGAUCAAAGCCAAUCAAGAUGGAGCACAGUAACAGAAAACUGCGGUUUCUAUGGGAGAACAGAAGGGGAAAGGGUCUUAACUGGGAAAGGGCUCUGUGUGGUGACACCUCAGUUGUGUUCUCCUGACACCAGGAAAAGAGAGGGAUCAGCUUCAAUAACUAGAAAAUUCUGGCUGUUUAAUGGACUCUUUGGUGGCCUCUUUAAGGCAAAGCAGAGAAAGCAAAUUAUGUAUUAAGUGUAUUUUGCAUUUUUAAAACUUGACGUGCUGUAUUGUACUAAAUUAAGUGUAAUCUAUUAAGGCAAGGUAUACACAAUUUGCUUUGAAACUUAAUAUGUUUAUUCUAUUAUAAAGUGUAUUCAGGUGCAACACAGAGACUGCUUUCGGUGACAUUAAUGAAGAAAAUUUCUCAUGUCAGGCUUUAUUAUAGAAUCUUCAGCUAAAAUCCUAACUUUCUCCUUAUUUCUUGGCACUUGUACACAAGUGGUGUUGCCUCUUAGGGCAGGCAUGAGCUAUUCUUUUCUGUAAAAUAUUUCGAAUCUGUAGGCUGUGGGUUUCAUUUUUGAAAAAGUAUUUUGUCUGGAUGUCUUUCAAACUAGCUUCAGAUAUUAUUUAAUACUAUGUAACUGGGUCCCCUAUGGCUCAAUCAGUAUUGCUUAUUUUUCUUCUGUAGUGGAUGUGAAAUUUCCUUUAGUUGGAUAAGAUACACUGUAAUAAUUUUAAUGCUAAUUAAUGGAUAUUUCAUACUGUGCAAUGAACAGAUAAUUUAACACUGUAUUUUGAAAUGUUUUUUUCUUCCUGUCACCGCAGUGUGUGGUAUUGCAUAAUGUGAAUACCUGUAAAAAUAUAAAUUACUUAAAAAUAAAAAUAUGACCAAUUGGUAUCAGAUCUUUUCAGAUAGCUAAAUAAUUUGCUAAGUAUGCCUGAUAGUAAAUAUCUUUCUAAAAAGAAGUAAUCAGUGCUUCUUUCUCACAAAUGGAAUUUGUUUCUGUGAAUAAAAUCACAUUGAUCUGCCUUACAAUUGCCUCUGUGCUCUAACCAUUUUAAUGUGUUUUUUUUUUAAUAUCUAUAUAAUGAUGGUUCUGGUAUAUGGAAAUCCAUCAAAAUGCAUUUUAUUGGCAUUUAAUAUUUAUGGGAUUGUCUUGGGUCAUUCUCCCUGUUUAAGUCAAGUAAAAUUUUGUGAUCUAGAGAAUUUGGUUUUUUUCAUUAAGGAAUAUAGUGACUCCACAUUACUUUUCAAAAAUAAUCAUCUCUUAGCUUUGGUUUUAAACUGUAUCCUUUAUGAAUUCCUGCCUGAGAGCUAGCACUUUGACUUCCAUAUUCCUAGUGGUUAAAUUUUUUAAAUUCUGUGGGUAAAACUAAACUGUCAUUUAUAUUUUUGAUUGUCCUUCAAAGAACCUUCCCUUCUUUGAGGCAAUAAAUCAAUACUAAGGACACCAAGAUUUUGCCAUCUGAACUACUUGUCGUAAAUACCAUAGUGCCCUGAAAAUUCAACCACUAUCAUGUAUUUUUAUCAUUAAACUGCAUAAUUUAGCAGAAAUUACAUGUUCAGAGAAAGAAGUGUAGAAUAAACUUUAGCUCUCUUUUGUCACAUCUUUAUGGAACAAGAUUUUGUGUUGUAAGGAAGGAAUUGACAGACACAAGUACUUGAUUUCAGUGAAGCACAUUAUCAUUCUUACAAGGAUGGGCUUUACAUGUUCUUUAAAAAUACAUUUAGCAAAUGCUGGUGGAGUCACUCAAACUGUUCUUUUAAGAGAAGGGUUUUUUUCUCACUAAAAUAGAUUUCUUUCCUCAGAGAAAGUAUUGCCCAAUAGUAAUGUUUGUGUAUUGUUACUUUGCCUAAAAGAAAAUAAAUAACCCCUAAAUAUGAAACAAGUAGUUGAUUACAGAGGGAGGACUAAAAGCCAGCUUUUAAAAUCUUUAAAAUCUUAUGUUUUUUUCUGAUAUAACAAACUGCCUUCCCCAAACCCAGUUUUAUAAUGGUAGGCAUAGCUGAUUGACUUAUAUAAAAGCACAAAUUAAGAGAGCUAGUAUUUAAUUACAAACAUUCAAAUUAUAGUAUAAACCCCUGAAUACUUAAUCAUCCUCAUCAUAAAACCUCCAAAGACAUUAAGUCCAUUAAAAUUUUGUCACCUUACAUAUAAAUAAGUUAUUCAUUAUGGUUUGCUAGUAAAUUCACAUUCAUAGAAAAUAUUUGGGUGUUCUCAAUGCAAAUGUUAAUUACCUUUUGUGACAAGAAUAGUGUUUCACAUACUUGAUAUCAUUAGCCUGGAAGCCUUAAAGCACUCUGCAGCUGUACAAGAAUGAAUGUCUCUCAAAUCUGACUAUGUCCAGUCUUCUCUCCCAUUUGUGAUUUAGUCUUUCCCAACCUUCUGGGCUCAUUACACAGCUGUAUUGCAGAAGGAACAACUGUUUCCACAAGGAUAUCAUUGUCCAAUUUUACAAGAUCACAGAUCCCUUCUGAAAUAUGUACAGAACUCAUUAUCCAUCAUUGAUUUCAUUCCUCAGGAACCCAACUGGUUUACUUAUUUGUUUUGUUUUCAUUUUUUAUGCUCCUUCAACAUUGUCAUUGCAGGGAUGGGGAAAUGGGGAGGAUACUAGAGUAAAAUUUUAGGUUGCCAAGUUUCAUGAACAAUAUACAAUAGACUGUCCUAAUAAUUACACAGUCACCUGUUACGGAACGCUCUUUGGAGUAGUUCAUAUAUAAAGUAAAGAAAACCAUCACUCUGUUUGAAUGUGUUGGGUUGCAUGAGGCACUGUACCAGGUAGAAGAAUGGGAAAUGUAAAUAUGAGUGGGACAAAUUCUACUCAUGGAAAAGUCACAGUCUAAGUCUCUGAAGUAGGGCACACAAGGGUCCAUUAAGGUACAGGAAGAAAAAACAUUGGAAUUUUUCCUUGGGUUUUAUCUCUCAUCCUUUUGAAUUUCUUUUUGUGUAUGUUUUAUAACAUCUAUUUAUUACUAUAGAGUAAUACAUGUAUAUAAGUUUCUAUUCUAUAAAACAGAAGUGUUUUAACUAAUAAGAGUGUGCAAUCAGAAAAAGUUUGGAAACCACUGAGCCUGAAUGUAAGAAAUACGUCAACCAAAGACUUUUUGGUAUUUGAGAAAUGCAUUAUUAUCUUCUAAUAAGCAAUUUGCAAGAGAUUCCAACAAACUGGUAUUUUUCAUUAGCUGUUCUUUUCUUUGAGCUUUCAUUUAUCACUUACUACCUAGAGGUCAUAGGCAACCUGAAAAAGACAAAUAAUGAUGCUCACUACAUUCCUAGAUUCACAAUAUUUCAUAGUGGAGCAGAAUAUAAAAAGGACAAUAAAGAGGAUCUUCUUUCACCCUGUCAAGUAUGACACAGCCAUAAAUGACCCUCCCUCGGCACAGAAUACAAGUUAAUUUAUCAAUAACUUAAUUAUGAUCCUCAAAUCCAUCAAUCAAUGAAAUUUUAUGUAGGAAAGAAAAUUUUAUAUGCACUCUUUGCUUCAGUAAAAUUGGAAUUCAAAAGUAUGUAAUCUGACACAGGACUAAUUUACAUGUUGUAAACGUAAAUAUAAUUUUGGGGGAAAUUUAUUUCUGCUUAGGCCCAGAUUUCC